GUUUUCUUUCCUGCUGGCCUUACUCCAUGCGGCAUCCGCCACCCGCCACCCGCCAUGGAGCUGCGCUGCUUCGGCAUCUCGGGCGACUUGGUGGCCACCGUGACGGACGGAGCGUCCGGUCAGGCGCUCCGCUGUCAGCUCUCCAAGCAGUUGCAGAUCCCGCGACAGAGGCUCCGCGUGGUCGACAUGGAACGUCCCGAUGAGGUGCAGGUGGUGAUUCUGCCGUUAUGCCAUGGAGAGAUUCAUGAGUUGGUUCAAGCCGUGGAAGAGAAUGAUCACCUGGCAGCACAAGUCUUGCUGGAGAACUUGCAGGACCCCAAUGACUUCGAUGGCACUCGGACGCCACUGCAGGCGGCAGCACGCUUGGGCGAUACGGAUGGCGCCCUGCUGCUGCUCGAGGCGGGCGCCCGGUUGGACCUGCCCGAUGCGCAAGGGCGCACGCCGUUGAUGCUGGCGGUGUCCAUGAACAUGGUGGACAUGGUGCAGUGCCUUCUCAGCCAGCGCGCGGAUGCGAACCAGGCAGACGAGGAUGGCAAGACACCUCUCAUGAUCGCAGCCACCCGUGAUGCCCGCGAUUUGCUCGAGUGCCUCAUCCAAUUUGGCUCUGACCUGGAUCUUUGCGACAAGGAUGGCUACUCGGCGCUCUCCUUGGCCUCGGUCUUUGGGCAUUUGCAGGUGGCAAAGCAGUUGAUCCGUGCGAAGGCACAGCUGUCCAAGUCCGAUAGCGAUGGCUUCACCCCACUCAUGGUGGCCUGCGUGAACGACCAUGAGGACAUCGCCCACGCCUUGAUUCUGGCGCGUGCGGGCAUGGAGCCUGGAUGCCUGGGACCUUCGCCGGUGGCUGUCGCGUAUGAAAGCAAUUGCUUUGAUUUGGUGAAGCAAUUGCUGGAAGAACGUGCUGAUGCGAAUGCCGUGGACGAGCACGGGAUGUCUCCCUUCAUGUCGGCCUUCCAAAACGAUGACUGGGAACUCUUGGAGUUCAUGGUGCACCUCCAAGCCGAUGUGAACCAAGCCUUGCCAGACCACCGCACUGCUUUGCUGGUGGCGUCGCAGCAUGCAGAUUUGCAAGCAGUGGAACUCUUGCUCUCUCUGAAGGCCGAUGCCAACAGCGCGCGGAAUGGGCGAAGCCCACUGAGCUAUGCUGUGGAGUACCAAGAUGAACCGUUGCUGCGCUCCUUGUUGGAGGCUCGUGCUACACCAAGCCAAGAAGCCCGUGCAUUGGUGAGAGCUUCUGGCGGAGAGUGUUUGACCUGAGGACGGACGUGUCUCCCGGCCUUGGCCUGGCAGUCGUACCGAACCUGAGGUCCACCGCAUCGGCACCGCCGGGUGACAGACCGUUGGACAACGACGCCCUGCAGCGGACCCGCACGGAAACGACGGCUUUGUGACACCGGCACAGCUGCAGCGCUCCGCCCAGCUGCAGCGGAGAGGGCCUUCCGCGCGGCCUUCCGUCGCGUCACCACGGGCCUUCCGCGCGGGUGACGCGGCAGUGCACGAGCUCAGCAGCUCAACAGCUCUGGUUGCACCGAUGCGGAAGAAAAAGGGGCCGUUCCUGCUGGGGUGCGACGUGAUUUUUGGUAAAAGAAGGACGGAGGUGAUGGCGAAGUCUAGACAAACCAAUGGCAGCACGAGUGAGG